AUGCGCUAUCGGGACAGGAUCACGGUGCUCCUCUUCCCCCCGGGGGUGGUGCUGACGAUGGCAGCGAUGCUCCUCUUCAUCCUCCAUGUGAGUGUGUUCGCCAAUGAUGUGCAUCACUUCUGUAUCACCCGUCAGUUCAACUACAUGAGCUUCAAUAGCACCAUUAUCCUGCUGUUCUCGCAGGUGAUGAGUAUCUGGUGGGCCUCAAUGGGGUCACUCUUCGCGGAGAUGAUUGAGGACAAGAUUCUAAGAUGCUUUGCUCUGACCAUCCUGAUGCUCAACACAGCCAUGUUUAUCAACCGCGUCACCUUGGAGUUCCUCACCAUCAACUACCGGGAGGAGAAGCACUAA